AUGUUCACAAAGGGGUCCAUGUCACGGAAGCUUCUGUGUGCCACAGGCGCUUUGGCGGGUUUGGGUUUUGCUGGCGGCUAUGUGACAUAUCAGCGGCGGUUGGAGGAAAACAGGAGUUGCACCGCUGAGGAUUUCAACGCUGCGCAGGACCAGACGGAGCUGCAGUUUGCACUGUCGCAUAUCACCGACCCAAAGAAGUGCCCACCCAUUCUUCUCUACCGCUACUCAACGUGCCCUUUUUGUGCCACCACGAAGAGUUUUCUCGAUUACAACAAAAUCCGAUACGAGUGUGUGGAGGUGGAGCCAAUGUUUAAAAAGGAGAUAUCCAUGAGUGCGUACAAGAAGGUGCCACAGCUGAAGUUCUGUGUAAGGGGUGAUGACGGUCCUUUCCUCGUGGAUUCGGAGGUAAUAGUCAGUACCGUUGCGAAACACGUAGGAAUGGGAAAGCAGUUGGAGGACCCUGAAGUUAAGAAAUGGCGUGAGUGGGCUCGUGGGCCUAUGGUUCGGCUCUUAACAUUGGAAUUCAAUUCAUCCCUCCUAAACUCAUGGGGGUCAUACUCGUACAUUGACAACAUCGAAACUAUCCCGUAUAAGAACAAGAUCUUUCUAAAACUUGUGGGUGCACCGGUCAUGUACCUCGUGGCGCAGUACGUCACGAAACCACGACUCCUAAAAAGCGGGGACUUGCUCCCCACGGACGAUCCAAAGGUGAAACUCCAUAAUGAAAUUGACAGGUUUGUUAAGGAGGGUUUACUCGACGGGAAAAAGAAGUUUCAUGGCGGUUCCAAGCCGGAUCUCGCGGAUUUGGACACCCACGGUGUGCUGCAGUCCGUCAGAGGGCAUCGACUAUACAAUGAAAUUAUCGAAGCAACAACAAUCAAGCCGUGGUUGGAGCGGAUGGAUGAGGCGGUGGGUAAUGAGAAAUACAUCCCAAAGUGA